UGUUAUGUAAUAAAAUAGACAAAUAAAUGUUUGAGCUGCAGAGGAGAGGGACCCACCAGAACACAACCAAUGAGAGAGUUGCAAGUACAAUCAAUACAACUAAACUCAGCUUUCAAAUAUAACUCUCCCUAACCAUACAAACAAUUUACUUGUUUAAAUUUGUGUUAUCUUCUUCAGUUUAUUCUUUCUUAGCCAUGACUACUUCUAAUAGUAUCAAUAAUAUUGACAUUAACAGCAUCAGUGAUCAAGAGUCCGUGAAACAUUUCUCUGCUGCUAACUGGCCAUUGUCAACAUCUGGACUAAAUGCAAUGACCCCUGGUACAACUCAGUUUGCCAUCCUCUACAAUGGAAGCAUGUGUGUCUAUGAUGGAAUUCCUGCAGAAAAGGUGCAUGAGAUAAUGAUGAUGGCUUCUGCCAAUGCCAAGUCUUCUGAAAUGAAAAGUGGAAUUCCCUUCAAUUCACUCUUUUCCAGUACCACCCCUUCUUCUCCACAAGGAAACUCUGACAAUUUGCCUUCUCCCCCAUCAGUUGGUUUUCCUGCUGCUGAGAAGAGUUCCAUUUGCAGGAUGCAAGAAUUUCCAUUAGCACGCAGACAGUCACUUCAAAGGUUUCUUGAGAAGAGGAGAAUCAGGGUACGUAGCAAAGCACCUUAUACCUCUUCAUCAUCAAAAGCAGCUAACAACAGUGAUAACAACUUCAGUCUAGUAAUGGUGUCACUUGAGGGCAAAUAAUACUGUUGGUUGAAGUGGUAUGUCUCCAAUAGCAUGUGCAUUCAUCAUGUACAAGCAGCAAGAAACUUAGUAUUUAUUACUAUGUUAUGUUAUGUUCUCCACACCAUGUUAUAUGCCUAAUUAAUAAUUAUUGAACCUUAAUGUGUAACUGUCAAUGUCUACCAAAUAUCCACUGUUAUGCUUAGAAGUCAGAACACAUGCCUUUUAAAUUGUUAUUAAUGUGUCUGUACAAUUGAUUAUCAAUUAUGUAUUUUUCAUGAUGCCA